AUGAUUCGAUCUAUGGAUUCGAUACUUGUGCAGGAAUCAGAAGAAAAAUGGCUUCCAUAUUAAAGUUGUCUCGGGCUUUAACAAAAUUGCCGAAAAACAAAAAAAUAUUGCAGAAUAUAUUAUUCUCACGCAACUAUGGAGCAAAUGCAGAAGAAGUGUUGUCCGAUGUACUGGUUAAUGUACCACCUACCAAAGUUACUACCCUCAAAAACGGUAUUAGAGUUGCCACAGAAGAUUGGGGCUCUCCAACAGCUACUGUGGGUAUUUGGAUAGAUGCUGGAAGCAGAUACGAGAACAGUGAAAACAAUGGUGUCGCUCAUUUCAUGGAACAUAUGGCAUUUAAAGGCACAAAGAAACGAUCACAAAGUCAACUGGAAAUUGAAAUUGAAGACAUGGGUGCUCAGUUAAAUGCAUACACAAGCCGAGAACAGACCGUGUAUUAUUCCAAAUGCUUGGCAAAAGAUGUACCCAAAGCGAUUGAGAUUCUUUCUGAUAUUGUUCAAAACGCUAAUCUAGGUGAGGCUGAAAUUGAAAGGGAAAGAGGUGUGAUUUUAAGAGAGAUGCAAGAGGUCGAGUCUAAUUUACAGGAAGUUGUCUUUGACCACUUACACGCCACAGCAUACCAAGGAACUCCUUUAGCCAAUACCAUUCUAGGUCCCACAAAAAAUAUCAAGUGCAUUAAUGCUCAACAUUUGAAAGCUUAUUUGGGAGCUCAUUACAAACCCAGCAGGAUGGUGAUUGCUGGAGCUGGUGGAGUAAACCAUGAAGACUUGGUUAAACUUGUGGAGUGCAGUUUUGGAAAUAUGAAAGAAGGCGGUGACGUUUGUUCCGUACAGGAGACUAGUUCUGGGAAAUUGACUCCCUGCCGCUAUUCGGGUUCCGAGGUUCGUGUCCGCGACGAUAGUUUGCCAUUAGCUCAUGUGGCUAUUGCAGUUGAGGGCCCCGGCUGGACUGACCCUGAUACUUUGACCCUGAUGGUCGCCAGUACUCUUUUAGGUGCUUGGGAUCGGUCCCAGGCAUCUGGCAAACAAAACGCCACCAAGUUGGCCCGAGUUUCCGCUGAAGAUGACCUCUGUCAUAGUUACCAGAGCUUCAACACAUGCUAUAAAGACACCGGGCUGUGGGGUGUUUAUUUUGUAACGGAAGGUCGGAAUACUGAAGAUAUGCUUUUCAACAUUCAGAAAGAAUUUAUGCGCCUAUGUUCGUCUGUAACUGAAGGCGAAGUCGCAAGAGGACGAAACUUAUUGGCCGCAAACACGCUUCUACAGUUGGAUACUUCAACCGCCGUUUGCGAAGAUAUCGGACGUCAACUCUUGUGUUACGGUCGCAGAAUUCCCCCACAUGAGCUCGCCCAUCGUAUCAAUUAUAUCUCUGCCGACAAUGUGAGGGAAGUUUGUUAUAAAUACUUGUUCGAUCGAUGCCCCGCGGUGGCAGCCGUCGGACCUGUCGAAGGUCUGCCAGAUUACAACCGUAUACGCAGUUCUAUGUAUUGGCUACGAUUGUAAACAAACAUUAAUAGAAAAAGAAAAGUUAUAUUAUAUUAUACUACCACCUUAUAUAUUUCCCCGUUGUUCCAUUCUAAUAUAAUUUUGCUGUAGAAAAAAAGCGAUACAUUGAAUUAAAUUGAUUAUUUGAAGUGUUCAGCAGAUCAAUUGUAAAAUUAUACUCUCUUUUUGUAAA